AUGGCGAGGAAGCGCGAGGAGUCCAGUAACUUACUUCUCUUUGCGGUGAAGGAUGACCGGCAAGAAGGACAAAGUUUCCUUCACAUCGCCGGGAAGCGGAAAGAGAUCAAGCAGAACCAGUCCGGACUCAGCUUUCAGAAUUUUAGAGUGAUGGGUGAAGAUAGAAGUUGGAUGUAUUUUUCUAUAUGGGUGCCUGAAUUUGAAAAUGGGUUGUUCAACUUUCUGAACAUAUCAUUUGCUAAAGCAUCUUUGGGAGGUCAAAUUAAAUGUCCUUGUAGGCGGUGUAAAAAUCGAUAUUUGUAUCGUAGAGACGAGGUGUAUAAUCAUGUGAAAAGUGAGGGAUUUGUGGAAAAUUAUGAUUUGUGGAUUUUUCAUGGAGAGGAUCCAUCAUCAUUGAAAACUGCAAGAGAUUUAGAUAACGAUGUUCCAAGAAUGCGUGAUAACAUUGAUGAAUUAUUACAUGAUAGAUUUAGAGAUGUCAUAGAGGAAACAAGUAAUGUACAGCAAGGUCCAAAUGAGGAAGCCAAAAAGUUCUAUAGAUUGGUUGAAGAGGGCAAACAAGAGCUAUAUCCUGGGUGCAAGAAUUUUUCUAAACUUUCUUUCAUCAUUAGGUUGUUUAUCUACAAGACACUUCAUGGACUUAGUAAUGCAGCAUUAAAUGAUCUUCUACAGCUCUUAAGGGAAAUGAUUCCGGAUGCAAAGCUUCCACCAAAUUUUAAUGAAGCUAGAAACAUAUUGAGGAAUUUGGGUUUGGAUUGUCAAAAAAUUUAUGCAUGUCCCAAUGAUUGUAUGUUAUUUUGGAAAGAGCAUGAAAAUGAUAAUGAGUGUCAUACAUGUCAUGCUUCUAAGUGGAAGCAAUCACAAGAAAAAGAUGGCAAGAAACCAAAUAAUGAGGCUGACAAAAUACUGUCAAACAUUCCAGCUAAAGUAUUGUGGUAUUUUCCUCUAAAAUCCCGAUUGCAAAGAUUAUUUAUGUGUGCUGAAUCUGCUAAGUAUAUGACAUGGCAUGAUAGAGGGCGCCCUAAAGAUGGUAAUCUAAGACAUCCGGCUGACGGGAAAGCUUGGAAAGAGUUUGAUAUGCUGUAUCCUGAUUUUGCAAAAGAACCUAGAAAUGUAAGGCUAGGUUUGGCUAGUGAUGGUUUUAAUCCAUUUCGAACAAUGAGUAUUGCUCACAGUACAUGGCCUGUGGUGUUGGUUAACUAUAAUUUACCACCUUGGAUGUGUAUGAAGCCAGAGUACUUUAUUUUAUCUUUGCUAAUUCCUGGCCCUGAAUCUCCUGGGAAUAAUAUUGACGUCUACUUGCAACCCUUGGUUGAUGAGUUAAAUGAGUUGUGGAAUGAUGGGCUAGAAACAUAUGAUAAGUUAAAAAAUGAAACUUUUCAAAUGUAUGCAGCCCUAACAUGGACCAUUAAUGACUUCCCAGCUUAUUCAAUGUUGUCGGGUUGGAAAACUAAGGGAAAGUUUGCUUGCCCUUUGUGUAAUUAUGAAACUAGUUCUUUGUACUUGAAUCACAGUAGGAAAACAUGCUAUAUGGACCAUCGCAGAUUUUUAGACUUGGACCAUCCAUGGCGUCGUAAUAAGAGUUCUUUUAAUGGGCAUACUGAGGAUAGGCCACCUCCAACCCCUUUGUCUGGGGUUGAGGCUUUGAGAGACUUGUCUAGCUUUAAGAAUGAAUUUGGGAAGACUCAGAAGAAAAAAAAUGAUGCCACAUGUCCUUGGAAAAAGAAGUCAAUAUUUUUUGAAUUGCCAUAUUGGCAAUUCAAUUUAUGUCGGCACAAUCUUGACAUGAUGCACAUUGAAAAAAAUAUAUGUGACAGCUUGAUAGGGACAUUGUUGGAUGUAGCUGGUAAGUCAAAGGAUCAUGCAAAAGCUCGAUUUGACCUUAUAGAAUUGGGGGUUAAAGAAAAACUUCAACCUGAGCUAUCUCUUGAUGGUGAGCAUGUUGUUUUGCAAAAGGCAUGUUAUGCUAUGUCUCGAAUUGAAAAAGAUAUUUUCUGUCGUGCCAUAAAGGGAGUCAAACUGCCUUAUGGGUGUGCAUCAAACAUAGCAAGUAAGGUUGUUAAGCCUGAAGACCUUGAUCAGUUGGAAAUAGAAAUUGUUGAAAUAUUAUGCGAGCUUGAGAAGAUAUUCUUACCAGCCUUUUUCGAUAUUAUAGUGCACUUACCGAUUCACUUGGUAAAUGAAGUUAGGCUUGGUGGACCAGUGCAAUAUCGAUGGAUGUUUUCUAUUGAAAGAUAUCUGGGUAAAUUAAAGUCUUAUGUACAAAAUCGAAGGUAUGUAGAGGGGUCUAUUGCUGAAGGGUAUUUGAUUGAAGAAUGUGCAAAUUUUUGUUCACGGUAUAUGGAUGAAUGCGUGAAGACUAGACUAAACAAAGGUGCUCAAGAUUCAGAUAUGUCUUGUGUUUAUUCAAAUGAAUCCAACUCAGUAGUUUUUAAAAAUGCUGGACACCCUUUAGGAGGAAAGAAAAGAAGAAAAGGCAAACUCUUCACUCUAGAUCCUGUGUGUGGUGAACAAGCUCAUCGAUAUGCCUUAUUCAAUUCUGAUUGCAAAGAGCUUGACGAUUAUAUAAGUGAACAUCAACUUCAUAUUAAUAGACAACCAGGAAGAAGUAGAUGGGCACGAGCACAAAACCACAGCAAUCAGUUUACCAAUUGGCUGAGAGAAAAAGUGAUUAACCAUAGUGUCUCUGAUCACAUUUUUUUGUUAGCAAAAGGUCCAUGUCCUACAGCUAGAAGAUUUACUGGGUAUUAUGUCAAUGGAUAUAGAUUAUAUACAAAACUGCAUGAUACAAAAUGUAAGACUCAGAAUAGUGGAGUUUCUGUAAUAGCAUCAACUUCUAGCUUUGCAAGCUCAAGGGACAAAAAUCCUGUGGUUGGAGAUGUUGACUACUUUGGUGCAAUAAUUGAAAUAAUGGAACUCAAUUAUUGGUCCAAAUCCAAAGUAGUUUUGUUACGUUGUGAGUGGUACCAAGUGGAGAAAGAUGACUAUGGUCUUCCUUGUAUUAAUAUGAAGAAGCUGUGCUCUUUAAAUGAUCCUUAUGUCAUGCCUUCUCAAGUACAUCAAGUGUUUUAUGUACCAGAUCCUCUAGUAGAUGACCUUCAAUAUGUUAUGAAUCGUGUUCCUAGAGAUCUAUAUGAGGGUGAUUAUGGUAUAAAUGAUGGAAACACAUACUGGUCUGAACUUCAUGAUAAUGAUGUAUAUCCAAUUUCACAAGUUGGGGUUGAAGACAUUCAGUUAUCAAGAGAGGAUAUACGCCCAAUCAUUAUUGGUGUAAAUACAAAUUUGGAAGACAUAGAUGGAGAUGAUGACAAUGAUGAUGAUUCUAUUGAUGAAACUUUAUGGGAUUCGAUGAAUGCCGAUGAAGAACAAGAAGCUGAUAAUGAUUGA